AUGGAUGUUAAGUACUUAGCCUAUCAACUGGCAGAAAAAAAUAAUAUUAUGCACCCAUUUUCAAAAGAAAAUCAGCUUGCGGGUAAGGAUUGGCUGCGCGCUCCAACGGGAACUUCAUUGGCAAGAGCACGAGGUUUCACAAAAGAUAAUGUGAAUGCCUUUUUUGAUAUCCUUGAAAAGGAAAUGGACACGUUUAAUUAUUCAGCCAACAAUGUUUUUAACGUUGAUGAAACAGGCGUAAGUGUGGUUCCAUCAAAAUUACCCCAAGUAUUGUCAAGGAAGGGUAAAAGGCAGAUUGGUAGCCUUACUUCUGCAGAGAGGGGAUCUAUGAUCACAACUAUUGUUUGUAUGAGUGCAGGUGGAAUAUUUGUUCCACCAUUAUUUAUAUUUCCACGAAAGAAACGCUCAGAUUUGUUGUUAAAAGGAGCGCCACCAGGAUCAAUAUACGAAUGUCAUCAAUCCGGUUGGGUUCAAACAUACAUUUUUACAAUAUGGUUUCGGCACUUCAUAAAACACGUCAAACUAUCAGCUGCUUCACCAGUAUUGCUCGUCUUGGAUGGUCAUUCGAGUCAUACAAGAAAUAUUGAGCUUGUUGAUUUGGCUAGGGAAAAUCACGUAUCUAUCGUAUCCAUCCCUCCACACUCAAGUCACAAAAUACAGCCGCUAGAUAAAACUUUCAUGGGACCUCUUAAGAGUUAUCUUUCGGAAGAAAUACGUGUUUGGGUGCGUUCGAACGGCAGAGCUUUGACACACUUCGAUAUGGCAGAGCUAUAUGGAAAGGCCUAUUUGCGAGUUCAGAGUGGGGAAAUCGCAAUUAAUGGAUUUCGCACAACCGGUAUAUUUCCUUUCAACCGGUAUAUAUUUCGCGACGAUGAGUUUUUAGCUGCCGCUGAUGUAGCAUCGCAUUCUCCUCCUCGAGAGUCUGAAAGCACUUACGAAGUACCAGAGGAAAUACUAAGUAACGAAACCAUUGUAGAGAGUCCGCAUCCAAUAAGCGAUAUUUGUAAUGAAAAUGUAAAUCGUUCAGUUCUAAGCGAAUCGGAAACCACGUCUAGGGUCAUAACACCGAUGGAAAUAUCUCCGGUUCCUAUAAAAAAAACAAAGUCUUCCAAUCAUGGCAGGCCAGCAGGAAAGUCCACGUUGAUAACAUCUUCGCCUUAUAAAAAAUCUUUAAAAAUUUCAUUGGAGAAAGCAUCGGAAAAGAAACCUCUAAGAAAUACUAACAGACGCCAGGAUAUUGAUUCGAAUGAACCCAGUUCUUCCAAGGGAAUUAUCAAAAAACUAAAUUUUGCGAAAGGAAAGUGUACAGGAAAAAGGAAGAAAACAAAUUCCUCAUCCUCCUCGGACUUGGAUGACAAUUACAGUGUCCGAGACGACUCUGACGGUGAAAUUGUAGAAUUUGUAAACGCAGCUGACAAAGAGGAUGCGAAGUGCCUAUAUUGCUCUACGUUUUAUUCGGAAGAUCGGUCUGGUGAAAUAUGGGUUCAAUGUGUCUCUUGCAAAAAUUGGAGCCAUGAGGAAUGUGCUGGUUGUGAACAAGAGCUCUUUAUAUGCGACAUGUGUGCACAAUAA